UACUAUACCUCGAUUUUUAUCGCAUUUAUGCCACCAAAAUCUGAAAAGUUGGCUUGGUUUAUGUUUAGUUCCUCUGCUUCGAUCUUUAGGUUUUCAACUCAUCCGCCAUUUCUCUUUCUCCAUCUCCGGUGAAGUAGUUGUACAGUAGUAUUAGGGAAGAAAGAUAAACGCAGUGAUGGAGUUACUGUCGACAUUGCUGGUUCUUGGAUUUGCUUAUGCUAUCUGUAGAUUCUUGUUGAUGCUCAUUCCUUCCAAUGUUCCUUCUAUCGACGUUGAUGUUUCCGACGUUAUUGAUGACGGAAGUCAGAACAAGGAGAACAGUUUCAUUUAUAUACCAAGAAGAGUAAGGCAGACAGACAAGGUGCAAUGCUAUGAACCAGCAACUAUGAAGUACUUGGGAUUCUUUCCAGCAUUGAAACCAGAUGAGGUUCGAGAUCGUGUUGCACAAGCAAGGAAGGCACAGAAGAUUUGGGCUAAAAGUAGCUUCAAGCAAAGGCGUCAAUUUUUGCGCAUACUUCUAAAGUACAUAAUUGAGCACCAGGAUCUUAUAUGCGAGAUCUCAUCCCGUGACACUGGAAAGACAAUGAUUGAUGCUUCUUUGGGAGAAGUAAUGACAACAUGUGAAAAAUUAUGUUGGCUUCUAUCAGAAGGGGAAAAGUGGCUGAAGCCUGAAUAUAGGAGUUCAGGAAGGUCAAUGCUUCACAAGAAAUCCAAAGUAGAGUUUCAUCCUUUAGGGGUUAUUGGUGCUAUUGUCUCAUGGAAUUAUCCAUUUCAUAAUAUCUUUAAUCCAAUGCUGGCUGCAGUUUUCUCUGGAAAUGGUAUUGUUAUCAAGGUUUCAGAGCAUGCUAGUUGGUCUGGAUGUUUCUAUUUUCGGAUUAUUCAAACAGCCUUGGCUGCAGUGGGAGCUCCUGACAAUUUGGUUGAUGUAAUUACAGGGUUUGCUGAAACUGGAGAAGCCUUGGUGUCUUCAGUAGACAAAAUGAUUUUUGUAGGCUCACCUGGUGUGGGUAAGAUGAUAAUGAAAAAGGCUUCAGAGACAUUGAUACCAGUGACACUUGAACUUGGUGGGAAAGAUGCAUUUAUUGUGUGUGAAGAUGUAGAUAUCGAGCAUGUUGCACAGGUGGCUGUUAGGGCGUCUCUUCAAUCAAGUGGACAAAACUGUGCUGGGGCCGAGAGAUUCUAUGUUCAUCGUGAUAUAUACAAUGCUUUUGUCACUCGGGUUGUCAAGAUUGUCAAAUCUGUUACAGCGGGCCCACCUCUUGCAGGGAAAUAUGACAUGGGAGCCAUUUGUAUGCAAGACCAUGCCGAAAAGCUCCAAAGCCUUGUAAAUGAUGCCUUGGACAAAGGAGCAGAAAUUGCAGGCCGUGGACGGUUUGGCAAUUUGGGUACUGAUGCUGUUGAUCAGUUUUUUCCACCAACUGUGAUAGUUAAUGUGAACCAUUCUAUGCAAAUCAUGCAAGAGGAGGCCUUUGGACCAAUCAUGCCUAUCAUGAAAUUCAGCUCUGACGAAGAAGUCAUCAGAUUGGCAAAUGACUCGAGAUAUGGACUUGGCUGUGCAGUAUUUUCUGGUAGUCAGAGUCGAGCAAGGAGAAUUGCAUCAGAGCUACGUUGUGGAGUUGCUGCAGUCAAUGACUUUGCAUCCACUUACAUGUGCCAGUCUCUACCUUUUGGCGGUGUGAAGGACAGUGGUUUUGGAAGAUUUGCUGGUAUUGAGGGGCUAAGGGCUUGCUGUCUUGUUAAAUCGGUCGUUGAAGAUAGAUUUUGGCCUUACAUCAAGACCAAAAUACCAAAACCCAUUCAGUAUCCUGUUGCAGAUCAUGCCUUCGAAUUUCAGCAAUCUCUAGUAGAAGCACUCUAUGGUUUAAACAUAUGGGACCGCUUACGAGCUUUGGUGAACGUCAUUAAGGUUCUAACUGAGCACAAUUCCCCUAGUGUUAACAGCAAUAGAAGGAAUGAUUGAGUCGCGGAGUUCCAACUCGGAGGACAAGAAUAUCUUGAUUUUGACUACGAUAAAGGCAUUAAGAGUUAUUGGUGCUAGUGUAUUCACUAAUUUUGAAAUUUGUGGUGAUACUUAUGCACAUAGUUAUCAGAAUUCCAAUUCUGAUCUACGAUUCUACAAUCUUACCAUCCAAAAA